GUCUACCCCCAUUUCCCAUUCUAUUAAUUCGGCACUCCGCGCUGGAGAAAGGGAGCGACGAAAGGAGGGUUGCGAAGACAUGGCGGACCAGACGGCGAAGGGCGACGAGUUGGAGCAGAAGGCGGAGAAGACGCUCGGCGGCUGGGGAAUCUUCGGCAACAAGUACGAUGACGCGGCCGAGUUGUUCGACAAGGCCGCCAAUUGCUUCAAGUUAGCCAAGAACUGGGAGAGAGCUGGAUCAGUGUAUUUCAAACUUGCUGAUUGUCAUUUGAAGUUAGAUAGCACACAUGAAGCUGCCUCAGCUUAUGUAGAUGCAGCAAACUGCUACAAGAAAAUCUCAAUCCAAGAUGCUACACAAUCGUUAAACCAGGCGGUGAAACUUUUUCUGGAGAUUGGUAGAUUAAACAUGGCCGCAAGAUACUACAAGGAACUUGGUGAAUUAAAUGAGCAAGAACAGAAUUUAGAGAAUGCGAUGGAUUACUUUGAGCGGGCUGCUGAUCUUUUUCAAAGUGAGGAAGUAACAACUUCUGCAAACCAGUGCAAGCAAAAAGUUGCACAGUUUGCUGCUCAGAUGGAACAAUACCCAAAGGCAAUUGAAAUAUAUGAAGCACUUGCUCGACACUCGGUCAAUAAUAGUCUUCUUAGGUAUGGUGUUAAGGGGAUUCUUCUUAAUGCUGGUAUCUGUCACUUGUGUAAGGGUGAUGUGGUUGCAAUUACAAAUGCAUUAGAGCGAUAUCAGGAAAUUGAUCCUACCUUUUCGGGCACACGUGAAUACAAGCUUUUAGCUGAUUUGGCAGAUUCGAUGGACGAGGGAGAUGUUGCAAAGUUUACUGAUGCUGCCCAAGAAUAUGAUAGCAUGACUCGACUGGAUUCUUGGAAAACCACACUUCUGCUGAGAGUGAAGAAUGCAAUAAAAGCAAAGGAGGAAGAGGAAGAUGAUCUCACCUAAAGCCUCAUGUCACCCUUCAUCUUUCACCUCGGCUUACUAAUUUUAUGGUGGAGCUGGGAUGCAAGGAUGAGGACUGUAAUGCUCUUUUAUACUAGAGAAUAUAUUAUGGAUUUCCCCAUCAUAAAUCCUGGAGAUUGUUAUUUUUCACAAGAAGAGGGGGGUAUUUUUUAUGGUUUCUA